CGUAUACAACGAGUCCACUAAUUUUCACAGCAACUAGCAGAGAGAGGUAGAGAUGGGAGAAGAUGCACAGAAAUUGAAGAGAAUAGCGGCUGCGGCAUAUGACUAUGAGAAUGAUCCAAAAUGGGCCGAUUACUGGUCCAACAUUCUCAUUCCUCCUCAUAUGGGCUCUCGCUCCGAUGUUGUCGACCACUUCAAACGCAAGUUCUACCACCGUUACAUUGAUCCUGGUCUUGUCGUUGAACCAAUGACUACCAGCAGUUCGUCCCAACCAGCAAAAUCAUCAGCCCCACAAUCUUCUUCAUCAGCGUCGUCAUCGUCAUCAACUUCUAACAACCAGCCAAGACAACGUAACUCUGGGGCAGCUAGUAGAACUUCUGGGACAUCCACAACUCAAACUUCAAGUGCAACAUCACUGCGAUGGAACCGACAAACUAUACAAUUUUCAGUGAAUGCUUGGGUCCUUGUUGUAGCAGUUCUUGCAAUCUUUCCACUUAUACCUACAAAUCUGUCAAAUAGAGCAUAUUCACUGGCCUUUGCAGGGACUGCGUGUUCUUCCCUGUAUUCAUUAUACGCAUUAUAUGGGAAGCCUAGGGCUUGGAAUUUGCAGGCAGUGCAAGUUUGGCUUCAGUCAGUUAUUGUGACAAAAGAUUUUCUCUACUUCAUUUACUGCAUUACUUUUGUCACUUCACAUCUCCACUUGAAAUUUGCUUUGAUUCCCGUUCUAUGUCAAGCACUUGAACAUGUUGCGAAGUUUCUUCGACGUAACUUCAACACAUCUUCUUUAUACAGGAAAUACUUGGAAGAGGCUUGUGUAUGGGUCGAGUCAAACACAACUACUCUUAGCAUACUGUCUUCACAGGCUGAGAUUGGGCUGGGACUUCUUCUAGUUGUCUCCCUAUUAUCGUGGCAACGUAACAUACUACAAACUUUCAUGUACUGGCAGCUAUUGAAGCUUAUGUAUCAUGCUCCUGCUACUGCUAGUUACCAUCAGAGCAUGUGGGCUAAUAUUGGAAGGCGUGUAAAUCCUCUGGUUCAACGAUAUGCUCCAUUCUUGCAUGCUCCUAUCUCUACUAUUCAAGGAUGGUGGUUAAGGUAGAACUGUAGAAGACAGCAGCAUGAAAUAGAACGCGAUUCAUGACAACUAGGUUGGAAGUGCUUUUUUAGAUUUGUAAUUUGUUCUAGAGGACGAAUAUAGGCUACACUUUUACUUUUUUCCUUUUAUAAAAAAGAUUAACUUGAAUCAUCUACUGAAGAUAGACCUAGUAAUAACCUUCGGGGCUACUUCCAACUUUUAACAUUUUUACCCAGAGGGGCUAUGGUGAAGGGACUUGUCCCCUUGGUUAUAAAUUAGUUCACGUUGCCAGAAUGUAAUCUAUUGUAUUGUUGAAGAAUGAUUCAGUGAUAAUGGGCUUGAAGUGUCUUCUUUCGACUGCUCAUGUAUGUCAGACGUGUGAUUGGGGAGGAGUCCUUUACACUGACAGUCAGCGAGUAGUGACUUUUUAAGGCAGUGUUGGAGCAAAUCUGUGCUUAAAUAGUUAAAUGUUGUGAGCUGCUAUUUGUUUUACCCUCAUUUGGUCGGACAGCUAUUCUAAAGGAAGGACUAUUUGGCUUGAUCUUUAUUUCAAGUUACACUUCUGCGGUUAUGUUUCAUAUGUGACAUGAUGCUUCGACCACUAUGGUUCAAUUGCUUGUGUACCAACAAUGCCGAAGAUGUUGUUGGUGGUUAUCAGUCAAAGGCUGCCGUAAAAAAUGUAAUUCUGUGUAGCGCUGCACUUGUACAUUGGAGGCGUCAGGAGUAUCUGCUGUGGUUCAGGAAACACACACUUUGGUUUCAAUUUAAUAGAGUGUUCCUGAAAGAGACUCCAAAUGAAGUGUAUAUAGAUCUCAUUUUACAGACAUUCCUCCCAUUAUAGGCGAUAAUGGUUAAGGCCCUUUUACCUGAAAAAAACAUACCAUCGUGUGACGUAGUAGUGUGCCAAUAACUUGUGAAGCGGCGG